AUGAAGUGGCGGCUGGAAAUGCUGCGAAAAGUGAGAGAUUUCUUCAAGCUUGCCAAUGCGUGAUCUAGAAGCCUGGAGGAUGGAAGCCUGAUGACCUAGUAGCGACCGCGGUGGCUCUUGUUUGUUCACCGCUGAUGCAGCAGGCGUUCUUGGAAUUCGACAAAGCCGUUAUCGCCCAUCUAAACACAGCCCCCAACGCUCCCACCUUAAUGGUUAGCCCGGGUUAGCCCACCCGUUGGCUUUCUCGGUAGAAAAAGGGAGAAGCACAAACAAGUCGGAAGGGACCACCUCAAACUUCGCUUGCUUUUCUCCUUUUAUACUUCAAGACGCGUUUUGAAAGUAGCGAGCUCUGUACACCUCCGCAACGCGCAUACACGAGAGAGAGAAAGACCAAAGCUAAAAUCAGUUUCAAGAAUCGAAUGCUUUCGACAAAUUCUAACCCCCGGAGUUUUCUUCGGCUUGCACGACACUGAACGCGCUCAGUCACUUCCAGUACCUUGGGAGGGAAGUCGCUUCGUUGUGAAGCAAGUUUGUGUCACGUAUUUCGAAAGAGAAAAUGCACAUAUUUAGGCUGUCGUACGUUAAUGUAGUUAUUAUUCUGUCUUUAGCUGUGUGCCUGCUGUUUAGACCAGGAGCGCUUGCUGAAGAGGGCAGCGUUGCCGAGGGAACGGUGAUGGAUUUCGAAGUGAUUCAAGAAAACAUCGAGCAUGUCAUGAGUCAGCAGAUGCCCCACAAAGACAAGGUCUGCUACGACGUCGUGGGCUGUUUCGACCAGAAAGGACUGCUGGCGCACAUCCGACUGCUGCCCAAGCCACCUACCGAGCUUGCCACCAGGUUCCGGCUGCACUCGCGCAGUGGCAGUGACCUACUCGACAUCUACGCCGCCGGCGGAAUGACCCUGUCCAGGGCCUACCGGCCGGGUGCCCCGCUUAAGAUCCUGGCACACGGCCUGGGUGGCAACGGUAACCUUACCUACCUGAACCAGAUGAAGGACGCCUUUCUCAGGAUGGAAGACGGCAACGUGGUGGUGGUGGACUGGGCGCGCGGCGCCUCUUUGCGGGACUACGCGCAGGCGUGCGCCAACGCGGAGCUGGUGGGUCGCGAGGUUGCCUUUCUGGUGUCCUCGCUGACACACAACGGCCUCGUGCUGCCCUGGAACGUGCACCUGAUCGGCUUCAGCCUAGGCGCCCAGCUGCUGGGUUUCGCUGCCAGGAGGCUGGCGCGCACCUACGGACUCAAGGCCGGCAGACUCACCGCCCUGGACUGCGCCGCGCCAUUGUUCGAGUUCCGCGGGCUGCAUCCUCGCAAGCAAGACGUGCUGUACCUGGACGCUCUGCACACGAGUGCCGGCACCAACUUGCUCAUGGGCCAUGUAGGGCUGCGCCGACCGUUCGGCCACAUAGACUUCUAUCCCAACGGAGGCAUCCAGCAGAAGGGCUGCGAAGGGAAUGGCCUGGCUUGUUCGCACGAGCGUGCCUACCUCUUCUUUGUGGAGUCGCUGAGCCAGUGGACGCGCUGCCGCUUCAAGUCCAUUGCGUGGGCCGAAGGAUGCCGUUUCUUUAGCGGCAAGCGCUGCGGCCGUGGUCCAACGACGGGGCUCGAGUUCGGCCGCAUGGGCUACUUCAGCCCGUCGACUAAGGCUCGUGGGGUCCACUACCUGGAGACCAAUCCGGAGCCGCCCUUCUGCAAGGAGUAGAGGGGCCCUCCGACUGGGGUCAAGCUGAAAAGGACCGGGAACAUCCGUAUCGUUCGUCUGAAAUUCUGCUGUGGGAGCAGAUAGGCAAAGUGCAGGUGUUAGCAGAUUCACCAAGGAAAAAAAAAAAUGCUUUGGUGUUUGCAAAAAAAAAA